AUGACUCUGAGCUCCGAGAUGUCGGACGCCUCCGUCCUCUCGGAAGAGACCGACAUCGACGUGGUGGGCGAGGGGGAGGAGAGCGAGCACGGCCGCGGCUUUCCACCGACUCAGCAGUCUCCCCCGCCGUCGGACCCCGCCGUCGCCGCCAGCUCGGAAGCCGCUCGGGACGCCUACAAAGCGGCUUCGGUGGCAGCGGGGGGCAAGAACCCCUUAGUGAAGCCGCCUUAUUCGUACAUCGCCUUAAUCACCAUGGCCAUCCUACAGAGCCCCAAAAAGCGGCUGACCCUCAGCGAAAUCUGCGACUUCAUCAGCAACCGUUUCCCGUACUACCGCGAGAAGUUCCCGGCGUGGCAGAACUCCAUCCGGCACAACUUGUCGCUCAACGACUGCUUCGUCAAGAUCCCGCGGGAGCCGGGCAACCCGGGCAAGGGCAACUACUGGACGCUGGACCCGGAGUCGGCGGACAUGUUCGACAACGGCAGCUUCCUGCGGCGACGGAAGCGCUUCAAGCGGCAGCAGACGCAGGACUUGCUCCGGGAGCACGGCGGCUUUCUGCCGGCCGCCGCCGCCGCUUACGGCUACCCGGGCUACGGUUGCGGGGGGUACGGCCUCCAGCUGCAGUCCUACCACACGCACUCGGCUCUCCUGGCCUUCCAGCAGCAUCAGCAGCAGCAGCAGCAGCAGCAGUCCGCCCGUCACGGCGGCACCGUCCUCCCCCAUGCCUCCCUCCCGCCCUCCGCGGAGCGCCCCCGGGGCCGCUUCUACCCGCCUCUCGACGCCGGUCCGCAGGGCUCGCCGGCCGGCUCGCGCAAGGCCGGCUCGCCGGUGCACCGCUCGCCCUUCUCCAUCGAGAGCAUCAUCGGCGGAGGCUCGCCGAGCCCCUCCAGGACUUCCCCGGCGGUGAUGCCGGUGAUGGGCGCCACCCUGGGCCACCCGAUGGAGAACUUUACCGCCGGCGGCUGUUAA